GGGAGAGUCUUGGUUUUCUGUUUGUUUUUCAAAACAUUGUAAACAUUUGGCGUUAGGGAGCCCGGAUUCAUACAAGGGCUCCUCCCAAAGAUAGACUCAACCCGGAAUCUUGCCAGUUCUCAAAAAGUGUUAAAAUAAAGCCAGCUUUUCCAGCCGAGCGGGUGCUCCCAGAGUCCACAUUCACUGUGAAUGGCUGUAGUUCCCCAGCCGCCCCCCCCCAUACCUUGCCGGUGUGAUUCUGAGCGGCGCUGUGUAGCCCAGAAAGAUCUUCCGUGGAAGCCAGCUGUGGCCCAGCUACCAGUUGUUCCAGCAAACAGAGCCGGGGUUUCCAGCCUGACCACCUGCUGCUAGAGGGGCUUCCUCCUGAGCAAUCAUGCCUGCGAUUGCACUUCCUUUCUACGCUUGGCAGGACGAUGUCCAAACUGGUGAAAGUUACACCUGCUUCGUCUCUUUGUCUUGGCUUCACUCACUGCUGGGUGGAGCCCCGGAGCUCCUUUCCCACCUUGGAAUUCUUCCCCUGAACCUACACCAGCCGUAGGCGACUGGAAGGCUGGCUGCCCUCCCCGUGAUAAACUCCCUGAAGUCAAAAGCCACUGUUUUUCCGUGGAGGUCUGACGACGACAGAUGACCAGGAAAUGGGACGAACCUUGCUGUGUGACUGUUUCGGGCACCCCUCUGACGCGUCUAAAGGUCCAGCCCCAAGCAGCUGCAGGAGGCACCUCGCCUGGUGGAUUCCUCAUCAUGACCUUUAGGUCACCUCUGGGUGGGUCUGAUCGCAUGUGGCCGAGGAGGAUUGCCAGAAAGGAGGACACCCCCAGCCCAGGGGGCAACCACCUGCCCGAGAGCAGACUCCUAGCCGCCUGGUCUUGGAACUAAAUGCCCGGCUGGGGCUCACAGGUGCUUUCUUCUCUUUUCACAUUCCCAGGGCGCUCACCUCUUCUGUAGCCGCUGAGAUGCAGCCCAGGACAAGAAGACUUUCAGUUUACAUCUUCUCGGCUUCGCUGCUAGCGUGCUUGGUGUACUUAAGGAGAGAGACCAAGUCUGGUGUGUUGUCAGCCACCAAAAAGCCACAAGGACCAAAGCAGAAAUGGACGUUCAGCGUCCCCAGACAGGUAGAACCCAGCAAAUGCUUGCCAAACCUGACGGCAGCCAACGCUUCGGCCUCCCUCCCGGAGCUCCACCGUCUUUUCUUGACCUACAAGCACUGCCGGAACUUCUCGGCGGUGUUGAAGCCCUCGGCCUGCGAGGCGGACACGUUCCUGCUGCUGGCGAUCAAGUCUGCUCCCGUGAACAUAGACCGGCGGCUGACCAUCAGGAACACCUGGGGGAAGGAGACCCUCAUCGGCGGCAAACGGGUGAGGCUGCUGUUCUUACUCGGCCACUCGGAGGUCCGGGUUCAGGAUCACUCCCUCCACCAGCUGCUGGUCUAUGAAAGUCUGGAGUUUGACGAUGUUCUCCAGUGGGAUUUUGCCGACAACUUCUUCAACCUGACCUUGAAGGAACUGCACUUCCUUCGGUGGCUGACGCAGGAUUGCCCCCAGGCCCGGUUCGUGUUGAAAGGGGACGAUGACGUCUUUGUAAAUACAUACAACAUUGUUGAGUUCUUGAAGGAUCUGGACCCCGAGAAAGACCUCUUUGUGGGCGACGUCAUCAGCAAAGCCCGGCCGAUCAGGCACACCAAAGCCAAAUACUUCAUUCCCGAAUCCAUGUACCCAGCAGCCUUCUAUCCCCUCUACGCCGGGGGUGGCGGCUACGUCAUGUCCCAGCUGACCGCGCAGAGGUUGCGGGCGGUGGCUGAGGACACGGAGUUGUUCCCGAUCGAUGAUGUCUUUGUCGGGAUGUGUUUGGCCAAAAUAGGCAUGGCUCCCAUCCACCACCCGGGGUUUAAGACCUUUGGAAUCCAGAGGCCCUUUAAUCCAUUUGAUCCCUGCCUGUAUAAAGAACUGAUGAUCAUACACAAACUGAACCCAACUGAGCUUUGGGUCAUGUGGACGCUGCUGAAAGCCGACGGCCUCAGAUGCGCCACGUCAGGAAGUUGGAAACUAUAGGGCAGCUUUUUGGAUGCCUCUCGGGUGGCGUUUUUAACGCUGACUAGACUUAGAUCGGUGUCGGUUUGAACAGACGUUAGCAAUGGCCUCAUUUGACCUUUUAUUUUGAAAAGGAGGUUCCUUUUUACAAUAGGGACAUUUUCAUUGCACCGAUUCGUUCGUUCUUUUUUAAAAUAAUAAAACAGUUGUUUACAGAA